UUGCCAAUUUUCUAAACACUCUCCAUCGGCUCAUCUCCAAGUUAAGGAUCUGGAGAAGCUUGGUGUGUAGAACGAAGUAAAUUAAUUGAAUUGCUGGCGGCUCAUUUGCCGGUUGGCACAAUUCGGUUUGGAUGCCACAUAAUCUCAAUCAAAUUGGACGCACACACUUCAACUCCAAUCCUUGAUAUGCAUGAUGGAAGCAUAAUUGAGGCUAAGGUUGUGAUUGGAUGUGAUGGAGGCAACUCAGUGAUUGGGGAUUUUCUGGAGCUAAAGCCUCCGAAGCUUUUAUCCAAAGUAUGUUCGGUGAGAGGCUUUACAAAUUAUCCAAAUGGGCAUGGAUUUGGCACCGUUGGCAUACGCCAAAUGAAGGGUCAAGUCAUGCUUGGAAGAGCUACUAUUACUGAAACGUUGGUUUACUGGACCGUACUUGUGCAAGUUUACCCUCGAGAUUCAAAUGUUUGGAAAGAUCCAAAGCUUAUUAGACAGUUUGCUCUAGAGUCAACCAAAGGCUUCCCUACAGAGAUGAUAGAGAUGAUUAACAGCAGUGACGAGAAUUCACUGUCUCUCACACACAUCAGAUAUCGUGAGCCAUGGGACGUACUAUUGGGAAGGUUUCGGAAAGGAAGCGUGACUGUAGCAGGGGAUGCAAUGCAUAUAAUGGGCCCGUUCCUUGGUCAGGGUGGCUCGGCAGCUCUUGAAGAUGCUGUUGUGCUUGCCAGAUGCUUGGCUCCGAAGUUGCGUGAGGUGAACUUGGAAAGAAAUGGAGGGGAGACGAUGGUCGUGCAAAAAGUUGGAGAGGCACUGGACGCGUAUGUGAAGGAGAGGAGGAUGAGACUCGUGUGGUUGUCUGCACAAACUUAUCUCGCGGGGAAAUUAUUGCUUGAUUCUUAGCCGUUGCCUUUGAAGUUUCUUACUCUCGUCGUCAUGACUGCUCUCUUUAGAGACCCAGGUGGUCAUAGUCGAUAUGAUUGUGGCCGCCGUUAAGACCUAUUGAAGGCGUCAGCAGCUAUUGCCACUAUAUUCUUUUAUUUAGUGUUGUUUCUUUUUUAAUCCAAUAAGGGGCUUAGCCCAAGUCAGUGAGUUAGUCAGUUAAAUAAGAGCCUAGGCCCAAAUUCAAACAAAUUAGGCUUAGAUUUGCCCUAAAGCUGUUUAGGCACCCUUUUGUAUCCCAAUGGAGGCAGAAAAUUGAUGAAUAAUAA